UGGUAGAAGGGAUAGCGAGCGGACGGAAGUAUUUGGUGUGCUGUACAAUAAAGUCUGAUAUAAAACUAAUUGCUGAAAAUAAGUAUUUUUAUUAAAGUGUUGACCCGACAAUUGGCGACGAGGAGAAAGCAAGUAAGAUGGAGCAGUCUCGAGUUUUGCCACCGUUCAAGUGCAGCGAUAUCAACAAAGGAAAACUACAGAGAGAAUGGGUAAUCUGGAAGCGAUCGCUCGAGUGCUAUUUCGAAUCCGAAGACAUUAGCGACCAGAAGAAAAAGCGGUCAAAGCUGUUGCACUUUGGCGGACCCCAACUGCAAGCUCUUUUUCAGAAUUUACCUGACGUGGAAAAGUUUUCCUAUGUAACUCCCGAAAAGCAGUAUUACAAUGUUGCCAUUCAAGCUUUUGAUGACUUCUUUAAGCCAGGGCGACAAGAUGUAUUAGAACGGCACAAACUGAGACGUCUGAAGCAGCUUCAAGGAGAACGGUUUGCAGAGUUUGUUGUAAGGGUGCGACAGCAAAUCGGUGAAUGUGGCCUAGAAAAAUAUCCGGAAAAAGUCCGAGGUAUUCUAUUUGACAUAAUGUUAGUUGAUACGAUUGCGGAGGGAUGUCGCUCCGAGGAGCUACCAAAGCGUAUUCUUCAAAAAGACCGCUCUGUGGAGGAGAUCGAGGAAUUCGGAAAGUCCCUGGAAGAAGUGGAACAACAAAUCAAGAUUUUCGGAACAACUGAUGAAGAAGAAAAUGUAGCAGGACGUGUGUAUAAAAUUCAAACCUACAAGGAGAAAAAAAUACUCAUCGGCAACAGAGGGCAAAUUCCGGAAAACUAACGACCAAUACAAGUGCUUCAAAUGUGGGUUCAGUGGACACAUUUCUUCGGACACAAGAUGCCCGGCACGAGGUAGGGUAUGCAACCACUGCAAGUGAGUAGGACAUUUCGAGUCCCAGUGUCGUAUUCGGAAGUCUCUAUCCGUGGUUCAAGAACAAAAUCUAGGAAAGCCAAAAAGAAUACGCACCGUAGAAGCCAAUGAUGCGGACGAACACAGGUCAACAGGAAAUGUUUGUUCGGUAGCGACAGCGAACGCGGAAGAUUCCAAGAGUUAUUACGCAUUUUACUCUGGGAAUAACUCGAAUAUGAUCAAAUGUGUGGUAGGUGGAAUAAAUCUGGAGAUGUUGGUGGACUCAGGAGCGGAAGUUAACUUGGUAUCCGAACUGGCUUGGAAGAGGCUGAAAGCGGAAGGUAUUAGUAUUAAAAGUUCAGAGAGAGGAAGUAUGCAUGUAUUGAAAGGAUACGCUAGCGAUCAGCCUAUGACCAUUUUGAGUACGUUUGUAGCUGAUAUCGCAAUUGAAGAAAACCUAGCAGAAGCGAGAUUUUUUGUUAUAAAAAGCGGCCAGCGCUGUCUUCUUGGUGAUACUACGGCCAAGGAACUUGGGGUGCUCAAGAUUGGAGUAAACAUCAAUCAAAUCGAUGAGAAAAUUGAGACACUAUCCAAGAUAAAUGAUUUACAAAUUCAUAUCAACAUGAAUCAAACUGUGAAGCCAGUUUUUCAACCGGUGAGAAAACUGACGGUAGCUUUGGAAGACGCGGUCAAUCGAAAAUUGGACGAGUUAAUGCGUAGGGACAUUAUAGAGGAAAAGAAAGGUCCAACGAGUUGGGUGUCUCCUCUUGUAGUCGUCGGCAAGGCAAACGGCGAGCCCAGAAUCUGUUUGGACUUGCGCAGAGUGAAUGCGGCAGUUCUUCGGGAAAGGCAUCCUAUGCCGUCAAUCGAUGAUUUUCUGGCGCGAGUCGGUCGUGAUAUGAUUCGGAGCAAGCUUGACAUAAUGGAUUCGUUUUUACAACUUGAACUGGAUGAAGAGUCUCGUGAUAUUACGACAUUUAUUACAAACCGAGAGAUUUUACGCUUCAAGCGAAUGCCAUUCGGAUUAGUUACGGCGCCAGAGAUAUUCCAAAAGACUAUGGACUCUAUCUUGGCUGGUUGUGAUGGGGCUUGGUGGUACAUAGAUGACAUUUAUAUUGAAGGAAAGGACGAUGCGCAGCAUAAUGCUCGAUUGAAUCAGGUACUUCUCAGACUGAAGAAGCGAAACGUUCAACUCAAUUGGAAAAAAUACGUCAUUGGGGUAACUGAGCUCGAAUUUUUGGGACACAAAAUUAUGAAAGUGGGAAUUAGUCCUUCGAAUGCAAAGAUGGAGGCCUAUUAUCAUUCAGGAAGCCAGAAAACGCUAACGAAACACGUAGUUUCCUUGGGUUAGCUAACUACCUGAAUCGUUAUAUCCCUAAUUUGGCUUCUAUUGACAAACCUUUGAGAGAAUUAACUAAAAAGGGAGUCAUCUUCAAGUGGGAAGGAAAACAGGAUGAAGCAUUUCAAAAUAUUAAAAAGGCAAUGACCGAAUCUGCGGCACUUGGUUUCUUUAACGUACGCGAUCGUACACUCGUGAUGGCGGAUGCUAGUCCGUCUGCACUGGGAGCCAUUCUCGUACAAGUGAAUAGGGAAGGAGAGCAUCGAAUAAUAAGCUACGCAUCGAAAUCGUUAACCGAGACAGAACGGCGAUACUGUCACACCGAGAAGGAAGCCCUGAGCCUGGUUUGGAGCGUGGAGAAAUUUUAUAUCUAUCUCUACGGAAAGGUUUUUGAGUUGCUAACCGACUGUAAGGCGUUGGUCUAUCUCUUCACUCAUCGUUCUAGACCAUGCGCUAGAAUCGAGCGAUGGGUUCUUCGACUUCAGAGCUUUGAAUACGUUAUUACGUAUAUUCCUGGAGAUCAAAACAUUGCAGAUGUGCUAUCUCGACUGACAACUCUGCGACCCGUAGCGUUUGAUGAAUUGGAGGAGGUAAUGGUUAAAGCGCGGUGGCCAUUGAGUGGAAAGAAUUAGUUGAAGCCACUAAUCUAGAUCCAGAACUACAACAUGUAAUCAAGAGACUUCAGAAUAACAUUCACGAUGAAAUGCCAAUCGAUUUCCGUAUUUUUGCGAAUGAGUUAUGCUGUGUUGGAGAAGUUUUAUUGCGAAUAGAUCGUGUGGUAGUUCCAGUUAAGCUGCGUGAUCGCGUGUUGGAGAUUGCACAUGAAGGACAUUUGGGCAUACGGAUGAUGAAGACCUUUUUACGAGCAGUAACCUGGUGGCCAAAAAUGGACAAGCAUAUUGAGAUGUUUGUGAGAAAAUGUCAACCCUGUACCCUGGUUGCUGCACCCGAUCCACCGGAGCCUAUGAUCCGUAAACAGUUACCGACAAGCCCUUGGGAGGAAAUAGCAAUAGACUUUUUGGGGCCACUGCCGGAAGGUCAGUAUUUAUUAGUAGCCGUUGACUAUUAUAGUCGCUAUGUCGAAGUGGCUGAAAUGACAUCGAUUACAACAAAGGAUACAGUGGUCGAGUUGGCGACCAUGUUCAGCAGAUAUGGUAUUACUCGGGUUAUGAGAGCUGACAAUGGACCUCAGCUCAGCGGUGAUUGCGUGGAGUUUCGACAGUUCUGUAAAGAAUUUGGGAUCGAUUUAGUAAACACCACACCAUACUGGCCACAAGCUAACGGCGAAGUGGAGCGUCAAAAUCGUACUAUUCUCAAACGAUUACGUAUCGCUCAGGAAUUGGGGCAGAAUUGGCGUAUGGAAUUACGGAAAUUCUUGUUGGCAUAUCACGCUACUGACCACUCUAUUACAGGAAAGUCACCCUCGGAGAUGAUGUUCGGACGGCGCAUAAGAAGUAAAUUACCGGCAGUGCCUGCUAUUAUGCGUAACGAUGCUGAUACAAGGGAUCGUGAUCGUUUGUUUAAAGCGAAGGGAAAGAUGUACGCAGAUGCAAGACGGAAGGCCCGCACAAAUCCGAUGGCGGUAGGCGAUAAGGUUUUUGUUAAACGAACGAAAAAGGAUAACAAGCUAUCAACAGAUUUCUCGCCGGAACAUUUUGAAGUAACUGAAAGACAGGGUUCGGAAGUGACCCUACGUUCGACUGUAUCGGGUAAAAGACUAAAACGUAAUGUAGUGCAUCUCAAAAAGGCUGAGACUGGACAAGAAUCGGUGUCGUCAAGUGGCUCGAGUGAAGAAGAUGGCGAGCUACAGAAUAAAGAAUUGUUAUCGGAGGACCUCGCGGAGAAUGAUCGACAAGAUGUACCUAUAUCCACAAAACGGUUGAGAGUUCAGCCGAAGAAUUUUAAAGAUUAUGUUGCUUAUGAAACACAAACAUUUUAUUAAAGAGAAGGUUGGAUGUAGGGUCUUGUCCCUCGAGUAAGAAGUAGUGCUGAACGCAGAGAGUAUGAUGUGAGCGUAUAUGAGAAAGAGAGAGGACGUAGAAGGUCAGAGAGAGUAGAUAGAGAAAAAGGGGGUUGAAUGGUAGAAGGGAUAGCGAGCGGACGGAAGUAUUUGGUGUGCUGUACAAUAAAGUCUGAUAUAAAACUAAUUGCUGAAAAUAAGAAUUUUUAUUAAAGUGUUGACCCGACAUUGGUAAGCGCAAAACCCGAGGUAGGAAAGGUUCAAUUUGAGUCAUCUAUAUUUCAUUGUAUUCAUCUCUUUCCGUAGAUCAAUAU